AGACACAACGACAGGUGAGCAGACAUCAAGGAUGAUCUCACAAGUGUCCCUGUUGAGGGCGCUUUGCUACCUGCUGUUAUUGCCAGGUUUGCUAGACGCAACACCCCUGGUGAAAGUUAAGAAUCCUGGAGAAAAUUCCUUCAGCAUUGACUCCGCUCACGCGCACGAUUUCUUGUCUAAUUCUCGACCAAAGAGGAACAUUGACCCCAAGUGGUACAGAGGCAACCCUGACUUUCAGUCCUACUACCGCUUCUACAACAGCAUUGGACACGUCGAAGGACUCUAUGAGAUCGACAGGAUCAGGAUGCUCUACCAGCAGAUGCGACACUUGGAGCUGACUUACGGCCCUGAUGCGUCCAGUUACCAAAAUGUCAUGGGUGUGCUGACCACCACCGCAGCACCAACUACUACCACCCAGCCCCCUCUGCCUCCCACCACCCCUGCUCCCACACCAGACCCCCUGGCGAACGCCCCAAAGACCUAUCUGUGCAACCCCAAGGACCCGCUGUGCAAACCUCAAAUUGUCUACCUGCCAACGGGGGCCGUUCCUGUGCUGUGUGACCCAAGGUCCAACCCCGCCUGCAGGCCCAAAACAGAGGAGGAGAUAGAAGCCGCCGCUCCGCCCAAACCACCUGCGGCCGCUCCUGCCCCAGAAAAGGCAGAGCCACCCCCGCCUGCCAUCACCGUCAAACAGAUGGAGUACGACUGCGACCCGUACUGGGAUCCCGACUGCCUCAUCGACCACCCUCCCCGUCCUGUUCAAGAAACAACAGCAGCAGAGGCUCCUGCAGAAGCGAAAGCUGAAGAGGAAGUGGCGAAGGCUGAGGAGAGUGUCACUGCAGCACCAGCUGAUCCGAAAUCCCUCUACCCGUACUUUGACCCAUAUGAUUUCAAGCGUGACCUUUACGACCCCCUUCGUUACGCUGACCCGGCCCCCGAAUCUGAGUAGGAACGAAGUGCUUAAGCCUUACAUGCAGAAUUAAAUGGGAAAACCAAACCAAAGCAAGACUGGUGCAGUAAAGUCGAAUGAUUGCAGGAGCUUUCAUGUGCACUGUUUUUGCAAAUGACUAACCACACUGUGCUUUUACUGUACUAUAGCAAGUGUGAAAGAGGAGUGCCAAAUAAACUUUUAUACGUGCUAUAAACUAUAAAAAAAAGAAU